AUGCAAUCACUCGGAAUCUUUGGAACAUCUUUCUUUAACUGCCCCUUCACUGAGGCAGUAUGGGUGGGAUCAGAAAUCAAUUCUUGGACUGUCCAUCUUUUGACGUUACCGGUCCGGAGCUUUUGGUUUUCGUUGGUUAAUUCAUUAAAAGAAGAGACUAAUAGGGCUGAUAUUCUGUUAAAAACGGUGGCAAUAUUUUGGGCAAUCUGGAAAACCCUCAAUACCUUAAUUUUUAGGGAGGUUGACAACAAUCCAUUAGAGGUACUUCAAGCUGCGUCAGGGUAUCAUUUGAAUUUUUCAUCCUUAAACUCUAGGACUGCGCUUCAAGCCCCAGUCAAUAAUGGCUCGAUUCCUAAUGCUACUCCUCCAAGAUGGUCUCCACCACAAGCCACUGAAUUAAAGUUUAAUUUCGACGGAGCUUUUGUGAAGGAUUCAAGGACUGGAACAGGAGCUUGUGUGGUGCGUAACCAUCAGGGACGAGCUGUUUCUUCAUGUGCCAAAAGGUUUGACAACGUCUCUUCUCCAGCGAUGAUUGAAGCACUGGCCCUGCGAGAAGGCAUUCUACUGGCACGCAGAUUGCAGGUUCCCAACCUGAUAACGUAG